AUCAGUUCACUUCAAUGAAAUCAGCGGAUUCACUGGCGAAAGUGAAGUACAUCUGAGAAGCUCAACUUUGUGAACGCGAGAUUUGCACUGUUGACCAAUAGAAACCAGUCCUGACAGAACUGAGCUCUGAGUGGACGGAGAGCCAGAGAGUCCAACGUUGAGAAAGUCGUAGCUGAUCUCUGUCAGAGUAUGAACUGCUCCACAACAGAUGGUUUACACACAGUUAGGAUACAGGAGGACAUCAUGCUAAUACACUGUGGAGACUUAAUGUCCUGUUAGCCCUCGAGCUAACUAGCUUGCUAACUGAACAAAAUGUUGAACAGUCCUGAGAAUAAAUGUAAACGGUCCAGUACUGAGAAAGAAGCUCAGAGACAUGUUGUCACUGACUAGCGUUAGCAAGUUCCCACUGGCUAGCAUGUUAGCAGUUAACUCUCCAGCUCCAGCAGUUCACCAGCUAACCCUGCAAGCCAUCACUACGUCACCAAGACUCCAAGUCAAGACUGAAUGGUUAGAUGCUGCUGUGUUUCCUCCUCUGAGGCUGCAGGAUGAAAUGCUGAAGCUUUACCUGCUUUUACUUGCUGAAGCUCCGCCCCUCCAGGUGUGUGACAGGACGUCAGAAGCUCUGCACUCCAGCACAAUGGCUCCAGCCAACACCAGAGACUCUCCCGUCUCAAUGCUCUCCACCAAAGACAGACACAAACUGAGGAAACCAGCUGUGGAGAAGAUGCGCAGAGAUCGCAUCAACAGCUGCAUCGAGCAGCUCAAGGUCCUGCUGGAGAAGGAGUUCCACAAACAGGAUCCCAACGCCAAGCUGGAGAAGGCCGACGUCCUGGAGAUGACGGUGGUGUUCCUGAAGCAGCAGCUGCGGCCUCAGAGCCCGGCCGCUCGCACGGCUCACAGCGACGGCUACUCCCACUGCUGGAAGGAGACGCUGCACUUCCUGUCCGCCAGCUCCCUGAAGGAAGUGACGCUGCCGCACCUCCGGUACCUCCAUGCUGCCCACAGAGCCGGCCAGGACGCCGGCCCCACACUGGCCCUCUCCUCCCACAGCCACAUCCAGGCUGCGGUGAAGCAGCUGCCCAGCCCCGACAGAGCCGUGUGGAGGCCGUGGUAGAAGCUCCAUGAAACUCUGGAUCACCCCGAUGGAUGUUCACCAUCAUGGAGCCUGUAUGGGAUAUUUCUAUACUCACUUAAUGCUUUGUUGCUUUAGUUUCUCCACUCUGGAGCUGCUGCGUGUUUACAAUGUAAAAGUUUGACGUUUGACUCCAGUGGAGUCGACUUUUAUAUAUUCUGAUACUGAAUCAGUGUAGUGGAGGAGACUCCGCCGGGUGUCUUCUUUGACUCGUCACCUUUGUUAAAGGAAAACUAUCAAAUAUAUUUUGUUCUGUGGCGUCGAGCCUCAACUAUAUUUGCCUGCUGAUAUUUGAAUAAAGUCCUUUUAUAUCUUUAAA